CAGCAUCUUCAUCUGUUUUCUUUUUCCCUGCCCCGGGCUGAGAAAUAAAGAGACCGGAAAUGUCAUUGGAGCCGCCGCCUUUCCAGGAAGCACCACGUUGCGAAGUCUGCAAAUGCAGCUUUAAUACUUUCAGGCGCCGGCACCAUUGCCGAUGUUGUGGAAGGACAUUAUGCCACGAACAUUCAUCUAAUCAAAUGGCUUUACCACAAUUCGGCAUACUUUCUUCUGUUCGAGUUUGUGCAGAUUGUUUCAAUAAAUCUUCAGGAUCUGCAAAAGCUGAUCCUCAUCCUCCUUUAGGUGGAGUUGAUUCUGUUAUAGAUGAAGUUUCUAGAUUAGACAUUAAUGCAGUCGUGGGUUCAGAAACUGAUGCAACUGCAAAGCAACAGCCUGUUGCAAGCACUCCAGAUUGCAAGUGUGAAAUGCCGUUGUGUAUUUGUGAAGCUCCAACACCAACAACAGAUGCAGUUCCACUUAAGAUAAACCCUCCAUCCUCGAUGGCUUCGUCAAAUCCUAAAUCAAAAAAGACUGACUAUGUUCCCAAGAGUAGAGGCUCCACUUCAAACAGUAAAUCUAGUUCGGUUUUCAAUCCUGGUCUUGUGACCAAUGGUACUGCCGCAGAUAAACCUCAGAUGGAUUAUGAUGUCAAUGGAGAGGGUUUAAGAGAGGCUAUAAAGAAUGGUGAUACUGCUGCAGUCAAAAAGCUUCUAAGUGAGGGUGUAGAUGCAAAUUACCGUGACAAGCAAGGAUUAUCUUUACUGCAUGUGGCGGCAUUGUUCAAUCGAACUGAUAUAGUGUUUGCCCUUAUGGACUACGGAGCAAGCAUGGACUACAAUAACACACAAGGAGAAACACCAUUGGAUUGUGCACCAGUCACUUUGCAAUACAAGAUGCAAACGAAGAUGAAAGAGCGCGAGCAUCGUGAAAUCAACUAGACAAGUGAAUCCGAAGGCAAAUGCAUACUUUUCUUAGCUAAUCGACAUACUCAAGCUUGAGCUGUCAACUUCAACAACGAUAAAUUAUUGAUAUAAUGUUUCAUCCCUUCAUCAGCUUAUUGCUGGUAGUGUUCGUAUUAUAGCUAGUAAAACUGUCAAACAAGCUAAACUCGUCAGUUAUGUUACUGUUUCGGUAACAUGGAACAUGCGGGAGAGAAUGUGAUGGGCCACUUCGGUCGUUUGAUGAAC